CCACCACCAACCCUGCCUGUGCUGCCUUCUGCCUCCUCUGCCUUUUCAUUUGUACUUCUAUCUUCAUCCCCUUCAUUCUGUCCUUUCAGUACCACCAUCCUCCCUCCCAUUUCCGUAUAUAUAUCUCUCACUUUUCUGAUCAGUUCAACAGAUAGAGAGAUGAGACAGGAUCCGUCCUCAAAGCAAGGAAUAAUUAACGAGCAGAACUCAGGAAUAAUGGAAACAACAGAAGAAGAACCUCAUCAUCGCCAUCAUAAUCAUCAUCAUCAUAAGCUAAAGCAGCAGCAGGCAGAUCAUCUUCACCAUCAAGACCAACAACCCCAUCUCUCCGGCGCUUAUAUCCGCAGCCUCGUUAAACAGUUAACCUCCUCCAAAACAACCUCCAAAGACCCAUCUCCACCGCCACCGCCACCGCCGCCGCCCAUCAACAAUAACCCCACCCUGCAGAACCACUCACGACCUCCUUCUUCCCUUACCCCCAAAGCUGGAGAAGAAGGGUCCGGCGAGUCCACCGCCCCACAACCCACUCACAAGAAACAAGUCAGGAGGAGACUUCACUCCACCAGACCUUACCAAGAAAGGCUCCUAAACAUGGCCGAGGCUAGAAGGGAAAUCGUCACCGCCCUCAAAUACCAUCGAGCUACCAUGAAACAACAAGAAGCCAAUCAUCAAAACCACCACCACCACCACCAACAAACAGAGCCACCACUCCGACCACUAUCCCCCUUUCCAUCUCUCGAACAAGCAGAAUCCAAAAUUAGGUCUCAUAGAAACACAAGAAUUUAUCCGUCGAGCGUCAGCAGUGCUGUCGGCCGCGACCCCAAUAUUCCUACCGACAUAUACAACUUCGAAUUCUCCUACCCAUCAUCUUGCUUUUACCCUUCUCCUCCUCCUCCUCCUCCUCCGGCGACCCUUCUUGCUCCACUGCCGCUCGCCGAAAAUCUCAACCUCGCCCUCCCUAACCAAACGCUAGGCCUGAAUCUAAAUUUUCACGAUUUCAGCAAUUUAAGCACCAGUCUGUCCCACCCCUCGAUUUUCUCGCCGUCCCCUUCACCAUCUCCAUCGACACCUUCUUCUUCUUCCCCCUUUCCGACGGCAGCGGCGGGCGGUGGUGAGUCCGGCGCGAUGGGCGGAGGAGGGGGAUUGCAUCAGGCGAUGGACGAGGAGGAGAUGGCGGAGAUAAGAUCUAUAGGAGAGCAGCACGAGAUGGAGUGGAAUGACACGGUGAACUUGGUCACGUCGGCAUGGUGGUUUAAGUUCUUGAAGAGUAUGGAGUUUGGGACGGAGGCGACGGUUGAAGAUGAUAAUAAUUAUCCAUACCCAUUUGAAGAGUUGGUGGAAUUUGAAUUUCCAAAUUGGUUGAGUGCCAACGAAAGGUACAGCUUGCAACAACAACAUUUGGAGUAUGAUUUGCAUGAAUCUGCCUUGCCAUGCAUGGACAUUGGAGAAAUUGAAGCAGUGGAUGGGGAAUGGUUAUCGAUCCUAAAGCGGGACUUAACAUGGUCGACCCUCCAAGUAAGUCAUCAUACUCUACACUAUCUCAACCCGGCGAAACUGAAUCCACUCUUAAGCUCGGAACUGGCUGCUACCUCACCUAACCGGCCCCUUCAACCCAGCGUACUAGAUAAUUGCAUCGUCUCUGAGCACGGUUAG